UGUAUCCUUUUAGAAUCAAACCCAUGGCUAAUACCAAGUUAACUAAAGCGAAGCAACAUGAAGGAUGUCCUUUCUGUGACAAGCCAGUAAACGAGCCUUGGCAGGAUCAUGUUAUCUUAUGCUCAGGCCAAAAACACAAAUGUCUGACGUGUGGAGUUCGCUUUAAGAAGAACAGCUAUCUUCUGAAACACAUGAAGAGACACGCUCAACCAGCUACAGUAACGCCACCAGCGAAAAAACAGAAGUUAAGUCCCUCUCAGUCUUUAGAGAAAGCCCCAGAAAGGAUCGAAUCCACACUCACUACACCAGGUUUAGAAGAGGAUGACAGCCCGAGUGAAUGGGAAACGCAAGACCCUGGCAACCUAGAAGAAGUUCUAUUGGGAUCGUGUAGUGGGACAGAUGAAGAGGAAGAGUCAAUGGCAAAAGAUGAAGACAAUGAUCUAGAAAUCGGAAGAAUAGUGAGGAAGAAAACUCAACCUGUCUUGUUCACUGGUCGCAGAUCCGAAGAAACCAAUCGAGAUCAAAAAGUUCGUAACGAAAGUAGCAAUCUGGAGCCAUCUACAAGGGAUGUAGCCGUGCAAACAGAACCAAUUUUGUAUGUACACUCCACGAAGAAAGUAACAACCAAGUGGGAGAAUGGAGUGAAAGUAAAGGUGAUUGAGAAGAAAAAGAGCCUGAACAUGGUGUAGAGACACUCUGUUUGUUGUAAGAAAAUGGUAGAUAACCAUUUCUUGUUGUGGAAAACUUUUUGUUUAAAAAUAUUGUUAAAAAUAAUCUACGAUCAUUGUAAAUAAGAAAAAUUGUACACACUGCUUGUUUGUUUUUAUUCCUGGAUUCAAGCGAGGACGCUUGAGAAGGAGGCGUGGGUAAUGUAACAUAAAUGGUAAAUGAAAAUGGGUGAUGAGUACCGAGAGACACUCUGAAGUCGCAAACGCCCGAUUCUUUGAUUGUUCCGAGUAUCUCAGAUCACGUGAUCAAAGGGUAUAAAUACGAGAUGCCGUGAGUCAGCAGUCAGUCGCAGUGUAGACGCUGAAGUGAAUACUUCAAGGUAAGCUUAUUGUUCGUAAGUCAAUAUUG